CGCGGAUAAUUUUUCAUAAAAAAGAAACAACCAAAAGUUAAGCCCGGGAGUCUGGGGCCAUACAUCACCAAUUCACCAUGAACUCAAAUUCAUGGUAAACAUUGCCCGUCAUCGUUCGGUGGCGCACUAAUUCGCAGCCGUCAUUUUUCCCGCUCCACCUCCUCACCUCACAUCACCGAGGAGGAGAGAGAGUUACGGCGGCGAAAAAAAUGACCACAACCACAACAAUAAAAACAAGAGAGAAGUUCUCGGCAGAUUGGGUAAUGGGAGGCACAGCGGCGGUGGUGGCAAAGACAGCGGCAUCACCAAUUGAAAGAGUUAAGCUGCUGUUACAAAACCAAGGCGAAUUGGUAAAGCAAGGCCGUCUUCAAACUCCUUAUCUCGGUAUUUCCGAUUGCUUUAAAAGGGUUCUCCGUGAAGAAGGUGUUCUCGCUUUGUGGAGGGGUAAUCAAGCCAAUGUCAUCCGCUACUUUCCUACCCAGGCUUUCAAUUUUGCAUUCAGAGGGUAUUUCAAGAGUCUUUUUGGACGUUCUAAGGAAAGAGAUGGCUACAUCAGAUGGUUUGCUGGAAAUGUGGCUUCUGGAAGUGCUGCUGGAGCAACAACUUCAGUCUUUCUCUAUCAUCUGGAUUAUGCACGUACACGGCUUGCUACUGAUGCACUGGGGACUUCUAUGAAUGGACAACGGCGGUUUAAAGGAUUGGUUGAUGUUUACCGUAAAACAUUGUCAACCGAUGGAAUUGGAGGGCUUUAUCGAGGAUUUGGAGUAUCAAUUUUUGGAAUUACCCUUUAUCGGGGUUUGUACUUUGGGAUAUAUGACACUUUGAAGCCCCUUGUUUUGAUCGGGCCGCUGGAGGAUAAUUUCUUUGCUAGCUUUUUCUUAGGUUGGGGAGUGACAACUACAUCUGGAAUCUGUGCCUACCCAUUUGACACCGUGCGACGGAGGAUGAUGCUUACAUCUGGGGAGUCUGUAAGGUAUCAUAAUGCAUUCCAUGCAUUACGUGAGAUUAUUCGUCACGAAGGAUUUUAUGCUCUGUUCCGGGGUGUCAGUGCAAACAUCCUUUUGGGUAUGGCAGGGGCUGGUGUGUUAGCAGGCUAUGAUAAGUUGCACCGUAUUGCUCAUGGACAUGGCUAUAGGUUUGAGCCCUGCCAAAAAAUGUGAAAUGAAGUGUACAGAAUUCUUAUUCCUGUACAGCUCCAAAAUUAUUUUUUGUAUCCCAGUUGAUUAUUCAUAAAGGGGUUUAAACUACAUGGAAGGAAAAUCAAAGCAAAAAGUGUAGAAAAUGUUAGUCUCAUACUCAUUGAAUAUUCUUUAUUGAUGCCUUCCACAAAUGUUUGUUCAUGAUCCCUUUACUUAAAGGCCUUCCCAAUUGUAUCAUUUGUAUAGUUUCACCAGAUUAUAUCAAUGGAAUUUCCUCUCAUUUAUCCUUA